AUGGCCAUCAUGUUAUCCUCGAUUCCUGUUUCCGAGCUAAUACGCUCUCAUGAGGAUGGAAUACAAGUUGUCAGAUACGGCGUUGGGGCGUACGUCUUGCUGCUCUGGAUUGCUGUUUCGAGUAUUGUCGGCGUGAGAAAGAGAUGGUAUCGCUUCUUCUACGUUAAUCACUGGGUUUCGACUGUCGUAUUCCUAGGACUUGCCUUCAAUCACGUCCCGAGUUACGCACGGCUGCCUAUAUACGCGUCCAUUGCGCUUGUUGUAACAGAUAAAACGCUGGUUGGCUUCGGCUAUCUGUUGAACAAUAUGACAAUUCGUCCGAUCAGGACGGGAUUCAAAAAAUUCAGGAGGGGUUCGAGUAAGAGUAGGGAGUUGCAGGUUCUCGCUAUGGGUCAUCCGGUAAAGAUGGUGGUGCCCAUCGCUUCGGUAGGGAUCGCCGCGAGUGCAGAGUCAACAACUGUGAUCCGAAUCAGCGAUCUUCCAUUCAAGUGGAAGCCCGGCCAGCAUGUAAGGAUGUGGCUUCCACGCUUGGGGUCGCUCGAAGUCCACCCUUUCACACCGGCGACGUGCUCCAACUUCUUGGACCAGCGCGCACCUGAAAGCCAAGAUGCCGAAGAGCAUGGUCUACUACCUACCGAGUCAACAGAACAGGUCAACGAUAUGAUCCUGAUGAUCAAGGCGCACGAUGGAUUGACGAAAAGACUAGCCGACUACCGCGACGAGUGGCGAUCUCUUCCCUGCCCGAACGCAAGUCAGCCGAGCUCUUCGCUUGUGGCCUUUCUCGAUGGGCCGUAUGGAAACACACCAGCUUGGGAAGAAUACGAGAGCAUUGUCAUGCUUUCCACGUCCACCGGCAUAUCCUUCAUGCUUUCAAUACUCAACUACCUGGAGAACCUCUCGUUUGCGAACGACAGCCGGUUACAAACACGACAUAUACGCUUCGUUUGGGCGAACCGGCAUAUUGAGCCGGUCUUCGAGUCAACAGUCACCGAACUCUUGUGUAAGAACAGCUCCGCACUCCGCGACUCAGGCGUACUCGUCGAAGCGGACUUUUGCAUCACCUGCUCGGACUCAAAGGAGCAACCGUCAAGUCCAGACAUGAGCAGUAUAGAUCCAUUUGCGCAUCUACGUCACUCGAGAGGAAGGUCUCUCAUCGGAAAGCCGCCUCUGCGGAUAAGAAAUCCAAACGAUCCGAAUGAUUGGGAGGAUUCGGACGACGAAUCCACACAUACAUUCCAAAACAGUCCGUCUACAAUUGACGAUGAAGCAAGUCGUUCAAGCGAGGAUACGUAUGUCGAGGGACGGUCAGAUGAGCAGCGGCCCUGUCUCGCUGACCUAGAGCUGGCCAUCGAUGAGGCUGAACCUUCUUACUGGAGCAGAAUCAAAAUACCGAGAUGGACUAGAAAAUCAGUGAAAUUGGCAGAGACGUGUCAAUGUGCGAUGCUACGACACCAGGAACGGAAGUGCAAAUGGAGGCAAUCACCGCCGUUCAUAUUGAGACAGUACGGGACGAGACCGAACAUUGAAGCUGUACUGUCUUCUGCUGUGCCAAGGACAAGCGUGGCGAAAACGAUGGUCACAGUCUGUGGCAAUAAAGUUGGCAAUGACGCGAGGAAGGCGGUGUCGAGGAUCAACAUGGACUUUGCAAGGGAGAGGAGAGAAUCUGGAGUGCAUUUUUGGGCUGAGAGUAUGUCAUAG